AGCCAUUUUGGCUCAAGCCUGCCUUGGGCGCCAGGCGGGCGGCAGCGUUGGGUCCUGCGCUUCUCGCCUGCUCAGGGGGAAGCGUUGUCCUCUUGCCGCGGCCAUAGCCCUGGCGGUGGCUACGGUCCCGCCCCCGCGGGGGGGCGAGCGCAGGCUGCUGGCGGCGGUGGCGCCGCUCGUGCAGGCCGCGGCGCAUGGGGCAGCGGCUGGAGACGGCGCCCGCCAGGUGGCGGCGGCCCCGGCGGCGGCGGCCACCCGCGCGCGCGCGGAGGUGCUGGCUGAAGGCGACAGCGACGACGGCGAGAUCGACAAGGAGGUGGCAGUGCGCGAGAAGCUCGCACGGCCGCACCUGCGGCUCCACGUCGCCGCAGGGCGCGAUGGGGUGCGGGCCCAGCUCUCUAGGGCCUGCCGCGCAUUCCGCCACUGGGCGCUCCGCGCGGGCUUCGGGGGCGGGGCGGCGGCGGCGCCUGCGACGGCGGUGGGGGCCAAGAGGCGCGUCCGCGGGCAGCGCAAGAGAGGCCGCGGCGGCCUGGAGAGGGACCCGCCGCCGGCCGGCACGCUGGAGCUGGAGAGCAGCAGCGGGGGCUCCUUCUCCGAGGGCGCGUCGGGGAUGCCGACGUGCUGAGCGAGAGGGGGGGGGGGGUGAAGGACAUCGAGGGCGCCCCAAACUGCAAGGCCACAGACGAGCUGAAGGAGAGGUCCUUGCUUAAGCCAGUGGCGAAGCAGAUGGGGGGGCCGACGGCAAAGGCCAGCGGGUGCGCCCCAGACAGCAAGGCUGAGAAGGUGGGGGUACUGGUCUCGGACAUGAGCGUUGGAGACGUGCUGGGCCUGGAGAACACCCGCUUCUGCAAGCAGAGGUCCCAGUGCGACCCCGAGACGCAGGAGGAGCUGAGGAAGCCGGGCGCGCUGGUCGGGGGCGCGGUCGACAACAGCGCGGAGGCUUGCGCGCAGGACUGGUUCGUCGGGGAGCUGUCCGUGGGCACGCAGACGGUGGACCAGGUCGAGGGCGAGGGGCAGCAGCAAGGCGUCGGCUCCGUCAAGAGCGAUGCUGACCGAGUGGAGCAGCUGGCGCUGGAGAAACCGUUCUGGGCGACGCAUCCUUUGGGCGCAGUGCGGGCUCAGGCGGAGACCGAGGCGCUCGGCGCCGCCAUGCUGGCGAAAGCUGCCCUCCAGCGCGGCGACAUCGCCGAGGGCCUUCGGCUGCUGGAGGCGGCACAGGCGAAGCACCUGGAGAGCGUGCCCAGGCGCCCUGGCGAGUGCUCAGAGUGAUGUUCCUCCUUCCCCUGAUCAUGUGUAGGUCUUGUUAUGUUGCGCAGUGCUUGCAUGGUUCUGGUUUGCGAGUCGAAUGGGAUAUUGUGUAGUAUCUGUUCCUUUCAGUGCUGCGCCAGAUGCGAUCUUGUUUAGUAUAUGCUCUUGUCAGUGCUGCACUUGAUGGUUGUCUUGUGUAGCAUAUGCCAGAGGCUUCGCCUUCCUGUCUGUGCUGCACUUGUCUGGGAGGGGGCCCAACGCGGCCUCGGCCCUUCCGCGCCCCCCUCGUUUUUUUUUUGUUCCCCGCCUUUAAGUCCCCACCAACCAACCAACACAGGGGCGCGGCAGAUCAGGAGCACGGCAAGAAA